UGUUGUGCCAAAAGAACGUGUUUUCUAGACUUGAGCGCAGUUAAUUUCCUAUUUACGCUAUUUUGGGAUUUGUUUUCAAGUCCAAAGUUUAAUCUUAUUUUCAUACUUUAUUAUUGUUCUGCGUACUUUCCAUGCAUGAUAAGGGUCAAUAUUGUUGUUUGUAUUUGGGCAUUAUUUCGGAAACUAAUUAAUUUUCCAUGAAAAAGAGGAUUACAUAGAUAUUAGUGACAAAAGUUGACUGAGAUUCAUCUCGAGUUCAACUCAACUUCCAUGAGUUCAAGUUGAGAAAUAUGGAAGGUUGAGAAAUUGAGAUUAAAAUGGGCAAAAUGCGACUCAAAAAGAACAUUGACCCGAUUCACUCAAUCUCAAGAUCUGUGCUACUUACAUAUUGUUCGCAGUAUUGAGAAAUGAAUGAAAUGUGAGACUGACGCACUUACAUAUGACGAACUUAUGUCUGUAUUUGCAGAUGAUGCCAAUGUCACCCCCUGGGAGUCCAGCAGUUGUUGCCAUGAUGGGCAAAAUGACGGCAUCUCCACGAGAACGAGAUCUGAAGGGAGGAGGAGGCGAUGGUGACACCCUCAUGGACAUCACCUCCCAACAAAAACAUAACCUUCAAGAUGUCGAUAGAUUCGCUCCGGGUCAACCUUCCUUGAAGGAGCUUUUUGAAAAAAUGUUGAGCCAGAAAAAGAACAUUUACUCCACGGAUCCCAUUCCGUUGAACAACCCGUGGACGUUCUGGGUGGACAAAACUGAACGAGGAGUGAAUUUGGAACAAUAUAAUUCUAAUCUCCGGUGUAUCUACACCUUUUACACGGUUCAACGUUUCUGGGCGGUGUACUACAAUAUACCAAAGCCUUCCGAUCUGCAGCCGAGAAGCAGCUUGCACAUGAUGAGAGAUGAUCGAAAGCCCGUGUGGGAAGAGGAGUACAACUGCAAAGGAGGAACCUUCCGGCUUCGGGUUCAAAAGAAAGAUUCGAAUAAAGUAUGGAUUGAAUUGCUGUUGGCCGCAAUUGGAGAACAGUUUAAUGAAUUUAUUCAUGAAAAGGACGAGAUUUGUGGAAUUUCUAUUUCGACGCGUGAAAAAGAAGAUUGCAUUUUGAUUUGGAACACGAACGCGGAGCUUGCCAAGGAUUCGAAGAUUUUGCAAUAUCUGAGUCUCAUUUUACCGGAUACCGUUUUCAUUGCGACGUUCUACAAGCCUCAUUUCACUCAUCACGCAUUUGAGAAAGGGAAUGGCCCCAAGCAGCAGCAAGGGUCCCAGGGAGGACCACCACCACGGUCAUUCAAGCUUCAAGGACCUCAACACCCACGGUCUUCUAACCCCAGUGGCGGUGAUCAUUAAUUCGGCGAAUUUUGCGGCUAAAUUUUUAUUUCAUUAUCAAAAUUCAACAAUCUCCUCCAAUGAUACUUACGAAUAACAGCGAAGAAAUGAGGUCUUGUUUGUCGAUAAAAGUAAGUAUAAAAAUAACUAAAGCCAGUAUUGUCAAAAUUUUCUACUCCAAAGAAAACUUUGGUAUGAUAACGUAUAAGGAAUAAUGUAUAAAUAUAUAAGCAAAUUAGCAUGUAGUAGUAAAGGAGUUAAUUUUCUCCGCACUGUUGUGUCCGAAUGAAGUAUGAAAUGCUUGUAAAAAUAGUCUUUGUCUUUUCAACCUCUAAUAAAAUUCAACAAAACCAAAAAAAAUAUAUCCGCAAAUAGUUUUAACACGAUAAUCUUAGUAUUGUAAA